AUGAUGGAUCCUCCGACCACCCGAGCCCUGGAAAGGUUUGGCGGGAUCGAACCCACAGGGCCCGGCACACACGUUUCCGAUUUCCACCUCGCUUAUACCAGGGAAUGUGCGAGGUUCCAUGCCUUCCGGGGUUUGACGAGGUGCAACGAGGCUGGGGGGUGGGACGCGCUGGGUCAAAGCGCGGUGGUGGGUGCCCAGUAUCGAGACCUCGGGAAGACAGGAAAGGUGCACAAGAACCACGCCUACCACAUCGUUCGUUCGUCGGCCGAAUCGGUCGUCGUGCAAAGUGCCUUCGACGACGGCGCCACCCUCGAAGAGACCACUCUCAGUCGUGCCGCGGCAGAGAUCCUGUUUGAUCCCCCGGGUUCGUGUACGGUGCACGCGGUUCAGGGUCGCACAGUGGAAGGGAAAUUGGUGAUCCACCAGGCUCGACACCGGUAUUCAGACGUUUACUGGCUUUACACAGCCAUCAGCCGAGCGACGGGGUCCUCAAACGCCGUAGUCCUCGAUGACGUCCAUCGGAGCGUCAGCGACAUGCCUGAACACACCAGGAGGUCGUGGGCGACCACAAAGGUCUCGAGCUACCUGCGCGCCGAUGUGGCCGCCGGGCGGCUAGAUGACGGGGACGGGGGGCAUCACAAGGACGCCCUUAUCGAAGAACUCUUGCGCUCCUACCGUGGGAGAUGCAACUCAUGCUCGCUCGAGGUCGUCUGGGCAGUGUACAGCGAGCUUCUCGAUGACGUCCAUCGGAGCGUCAGCGACAUGCCUGAACACACCAGGAGGUCGUGGGCGACCACAAAGGUCUCGAGCUACCUGCGCGCCGAUGUGGCCGCCGGGCGGCUAGAUGACGGGGACGGGGGGCAUCACAAGGACGCCCUUAUCGAAGAACUCUUGCGCUCCUAUCGUGGGAGAUGCAACUCAUGCUCGCUCGAGGUCGUCUGGGCAGUGUACAGCGAGCGUCAGCCCACGCUUGAUCGUCUCGACUACGCCCUACCCCACACGCCGGGCAACGUUGACGUAAAGUGUUUGAGGUGCAACCGUGCCCGAGGUGGUUUGGGAAGGGGACUUACAAAGAAGGUGUCAGAGAGUAGCCCUUACUGUCGAAAAGUUGGUUUAUUUUGUAUGGCAUGA